AUGGAGAUUAGCAGCUAUAUCAGGUGUGGAGGGAUCGAAAUAGACCCUGUCUUCUCUGAAGAUUUCACGCUCUUUGUUCAUCACAGUGCAUUCCUCGACCUUGUCUGCAAGCACGAAGGGGCCGCUGAGCAGAUCCCAUGGGCGCAGUGGGGUCCAGCAGUAUCACAUUGGUUCAAAGCCGACACUGUCCCCAUGAAUUGGAUUACGACAGCUGCAGGUCAGCAAUGUGUGGUCAUAGGAUGCGAGCCUCCCAAGGCGGGUUACCGGUAUGUCAUACUCAAUUUCAAUAGGGACAAUAUGAGAUGGAUGAAGAAGAGACUGGCAGAGGAAGAUGCAUGUGACUCUGCACCAGCACCUCUAAUGCCGCCACUGCCUGCACGAGCAGAGAGCUGCAUGGUGUACAAAGAUAGGAGGACAUGGGGCCUUGGCCCAUCAUUUACGCUGCUACAUGGUCCUCCGUCCCAAGUCGAGCCCGUGCAUGAAGAUGAUAAGGACCAGUUUCAAGUGGGGGAGGGCAAUACAGAGGACGAAGAGGAUGAGUACGAUGAGCCAGUAUUCGCCUGA